UCUUUUAUAUAGCGAAAGCAGGGGCCGGCUUCCUCUCCCACUUGGCCGGUUCUCAGAACGAGCAGGAGGAGCGACUCCGCAACCUUAACCCUAGCGUCCGACCUCAUUGUCUCGCAACCAUGUCAAGGAGAAAGGUAAGAGAGCCAAAGGAAGAGAAUGUCACCCUUGGCCCAACCGUAAGAGAUGGUGAACAUGUUUUCGGUGUAGCCCAUAUUUAUGCAUCAUUUAACGACACCUUCAUCCACGUGACUGAUUUGUCCGGGAGAGAAACGCUUGUCCGCAUCACUGGUGGAAUGAAGGUUAAAGCUGACAGGGAUGAGUCUUCCCCAUACGCUGCUAUGCUUGCUGCGCAGGAUGUAUCUUCUAGAUGCAAGGAACUUGGCAUCACUGCUCUUCAUAUCAAGCUCCGGGCCACUGGUGGAAACAAGACAAAAACUCCCGGUCCUGGUGCUCAGUCUGCUCUACGUGCCCUUGCUCGUUCUGGAAUGAAAAUUGGUCGCAUAGAGGAUGUGACUCCAAUUCCUUCUGAUAGCACUCGCAGAAAGGGUGGUAGGAGAGGUAGAAGGCUUUAAAGCGAAUCAUGGUAUAUGCUGGGGCCUGCUCUUCUCGUGGCUAUAUUGCUUUCUUUUACUUUCUAGACAGUAUUUUAUCAUGAUGAGGUUUAGGUUAAGUUGGACGUCAAUUUUGGAAUUAUAUUGAACUUCUCGACUAUUGUCUUGUCCAAGGAUUUUGCUUGAGUCAAUUAAAAUGUCAUAGUUGCAUACUUUUCCAAUUUCUGCGUAUUGCAUCAUUGAUAGGGUGGUUAUGACUGUUAUUGAAAGUUGGCUUGACGACGAUUUUUGCCUAAACUUAUCCAUCAUGAGGUUCAUUAUGAUCCGAU